AUGACCGAAGUCGAGCUAUUUAUGUAUGAUGCGAAACACGCGAUGAAUGAGGGAGCGUUUAAACUCAGAGGGUGGGAGAAUUCGCACUCGAAGACGGGAGAAGUAGAAAUUUCGGUAUUGGGGCUUAUUUGGGAUAAGAGCGAUGACACGUUGCGUUUAGUAACUCCCCCGAUCGAAACAAUUAUGAACGAAAAGAUUACGAAGCGAGUAAUACUUUCUUACUCUCACCGCAUCUUCGAUCCUUUAAGUUUUGUUUGCCCGGUUAUGAUCACUCCCAAACUCUUGUUGCAACAAACUUGGGUCUCUAAAAUUAAAUGGGAUGAUGAGGUUUGUGACGAAAUACAAAACGAAUUUAAGAAAUGGCUCGGUAGCUUGACACGAUUAAACGAGCUUCGUUUUCCUCGCUGGGCUUUUGAGUCACCAACUCGCGAUACUAGUAUAACGUUUCAUGUGUUUUGUGACGCUAGUAAGAAAGCAUACGCUGCGGUGAUUUUCGCACGCGUGGAGUGUGCUUCCCAAGUCAACGUCCAGUUUGUCACGGCAAAAGCUAGAGUAGCUCCAGUUGCUCCUAUGACGAUUACUCGACUUGAACUCUUGGCUGCCAGUAUGGCCGUAAGACUGGCGUGUUCUACGGUAAAUUCUCUUAAGAUGUCUGAUAAGAAAAUAACAUACUGGAGUGACUCAAGUACAGUUUUGUUCUGGAUCCAGCGGAAUUGUCCUUGGGCGCCCUUUGUAGACAAUCGCGUUAAAGAAAUACGAAAUAUGUCAUGUAGCAAGGCCUGGAAGCACAUUCCUGGCGAAUUAAAUCCGGCGGAUCUACCGUCACGAGGAUGUACAAUCAAUACGCUAUGUAGGGUAAAUUGGUGGAACGGACCGGAGUGGCUAAGAAAGGAUGAAUCUGAGUGGCCGAUCUCGAACGUAGUGUACUAUGAAGACGAGAUAAAAAAUGAAAUACGUAAGACUGCUAAAGUGACGGAUCAAAUUUUGGAUUCUGAAAUUGUGUCUGCGAUGUCUCAAAUGAAUAAUACUACAAAGGUUCAGCCUUUCUAUGUUCCCAGUGUUUCUAGCUUUCGUACUGUGGUAAGAGCGAUCGCGCGCAUAAAGCGGUUUGUUACUAAUUACAAAUUGUACAAAUCGGGUAAACAGAAUAGACUAGCUGGGAAGUUAACGAGCGAGGAGGUCAAUAAUGCUGAAAAGACCAUUUUAUCAAUUAUCCAGCGAGAGUCGUUUAACGGAAUUGACGACAUACAAUUGCGUAACAUGAAUGUUUUUGUUGCGGAGGAUAAUCUGAUCCGGAUGAAAUCGAAAAUAUUAGAACGAGAUGAUAGCUAUUCGUUUCGUUAUCCAAUAGUCCUACUGGGAGAAAAUCCUUUAGUCCGCAUGAUGAUUCUCGAAUUCCACACGCGUUUAGGACAUGUACAUAUCAACACAUUACUCAAUGCUCUCAGAGAGGAAUAUUGGAUAAUACACGGCCGAAAGGUCGCUCGUAGUAUUGUAAGAAAAUGUGUCGUCUGCGCACGACAGAAUGUCAAACCUCUGACGGUGGCAACUGCUCCUCUACCUAUGAAUCGAGUUCGCGACGCUCGAGUGUUCGAGAUUACGGGAGUAGACUUUGCAGGUCCGCUAUAUUUGAAAAGCGAAGUAAAAGCCUGGAUUUGUAUUUUUACAUGUGCGGUGUAUCGUGCAGUACAUUUGGAACUCGUGUCGUCUUUGUCCACCGAUAAGUUCAUAGAAGCUUUCCGUAGAUUUGUGGCCAGAAGGGGACGACCGAGUAUAGUUUAUAGCGAUAAUGGAACUAAUUUCGAGGGUUUUUCUAAUUUACUGAAACAAAUCGAUUGGAUAAAAAUCCAGGAGUCUAGUCUAGUAUCCAAAGUGGAAUGGAAGUUUAAUCCACCAAGUGCUCCCUGGUGGGGAGGAUGGUGGGAGCGGUUAAUUCAGAUUCUGAAGCGUUUAUUGCGAAAAAUACUUGGUAAAGCUUGUUUAAGUUACGAAGAAAUGCUUACGAUUUUAUGUGAUUGCGAAUCUGUGAUUAACGCUCGACCCUUAACAUAUUUGUCUGACGAUCCUCGAGAUCUUGAUCCUAUUACUCCAAAUUUAUUUCUUCAAAAGAUCCAUGAAGUAGGCUUACCCGAUUGUGAUUAUAUUGACAGAGAAAAACUGAAGGGUAGAUUUAAGUAUCGACAAUUUCUCAAAAAAGAGUUGCGUAAAAGAUUUAGAUCGGAGUAUCUCGGGCAGCUAAAAUAUGCAUCUGCCAAAAAAUUAACCGAUGACCGUCAGAUAAAAGUUGGUGACAUCGUACUUAUCGGUAACGAUUGUACAAAGAGGCUCGAAUGGCCACUAGGCCGAGUAAUAGAACUUUUCCCAGGAAAAGACGGAAUUGUGAGGGUCGUGCGUUUAAUUACUGCGACGGGACAAGUAGUGCGACCAGUUCAGAGAUUAUAUUGUUUGGAGGUAGACGUUGAUACGGAUCCAGAGGAGUUACGUAAAAUCUAUGAUAAGAGAGUUAAGCCUAAGACAGUCAUUCGGCAAAGCGUUGACAAGUCAAAACAGGUGCCUAACGGAGUAGAGUUAAGUGAUAGUAAUGAUCCUAUUGUCCCUUACAAAACUAGAAGUGGACACACUGUUAAACCUGUUAAAAAACUUUAA